AAGGAUUUCGGGCAGGGUGGAAGGUUUGAGUGGGGGAUGGCUGUCUGUGGACAUAGGGGGCUGUUUGUAUCCCCCCUUCGGUGUAGUGGAGCUAUUGUGGUGGCUGGAGCUGGGGCUGUGACAUCACAGCCAUGCUGGGGUUGGGGGAGCCACAUGCUACAUUCUAACAUCAGUGGUAACAGGGUUUAGAGGCCAUGUGCUGCGCUUGACUCCGGCUUCAGUCCCCAGCAGGACAGGGAACAGGACAACCUAUGUGGCACAGAGGAGGAAGAGUCAACCACAGCUCCCCUCAUCCUCAGGCAACCAUGGAACAAUGGAACAUAGAGAGCAGCACUGCAGGCACACAGCCCCCCAGACAGGGACACUUGAGGAGGGUACACUCCAGCUACCUCAUGGCCCAGCAGACUUGGGACAAGGGCACAGUGGGGCAUCCUGGGACUGUGUGGUGCAGCUGGGACACUGGCAUGAGGCUCAGCAGGUCGGAAACUGCCUUUUCAAGGGCUCGAAGCUUGGUCAGGCAGAGGCAGGCAGGUCAGUGCUUUCUACCUCUCCAUGUCUGUCCUGUGAGACUGGGGGCAGUGGGCUCAGACAGGGCUGUCCUCACAGGGCACUCGGCAGCCACCACCACCAGCCACCAGGUUGGCUGCCAGCACUCGCUUAAGCUUGAGCAGCUCAAGAAGGCCAAGCUGCAUGUGGAGAUGGCCAUUAAGGAGAAGAAGAUCUUCAUGGUACAGGGCGACUACCCCGUUAUCCGCCGCCUGCUGCGAGCCCGGGGCUGGGUGGAGAGGAAGCUCCCUGGCACGGGCAGACGGCUGGAGCAGCAUUGUGGUGACCAAAACAAGCAGCAGCCGAAGACACGGCCAAGUAAUGGUGGUGCUGGGCAGGGGGAGGCACCGCUGAACUCACGUAGUGCGGCACAGCCUUUUCUGGGGACCACAGAACCCCUGCACUACCCAUGGCUGCCUGCUGAGGAGGAGGAAGAGGAGGAAGAGCAGUGUGAUGAUGACCCCAAUGGCAUCCAUGACCUCAUGUCCUACCUGGUGCGGGACCGGUUGCCAAACUUCAUCUGGACCAACUUCCUUGAAGCCACUGAUCGUCAGCUGCUGCAGCAGGACAACGUGGUGAACCACUAUUCCAGGGUGGAUGCAUUCACCACCAAGGAGGGGCUAUGCCUCAGCCUACAAAACCUGCCGUGGAUUGAGCAAGCUGACCCAAACACCUUCUUCCCCCGGUGCUACCGGCUGGGGAACAUGGAUGAGCGAGAAGCUUUCAUUGAUGAUUUCUGCUUGACAGCAGCACGCAGCCUGCUCAAACUGGCCCUGGAGGAGGCUGGGGACAUGCCAGUGAGGACUGAGCAGGUUCCAAACUCUGCCAAGGGAGCAGCAUGGCCAGGCUGCCCCCCGUAUCCUGAGCUGGUGGAAGAAGCCCUGGAGAUCUGUAAGCAGCACCUGAGUGUUCUGCAGCACCAGGACAUCGACAGGAGCACCCCGUCCCCCUGCAGGACAUGCACUGACUGGGACCACUUCCUGCAGGAAUACUACCGUGUGGCACAUGAGGGUGCAGAGCUGGUGCUGACCAGGCAGCAGCGGAAGCAGUGCCAGAACCUGCUGCAGCGCCUGGCAGAGCAGCUGCCCCAGCUUGACAUGGAGGGCAAACUCAACGUCUGGAUCGUCAAGCCUGGUGCUGAAUCCCAAGGCAGAGGUAAGGCUGGGAGAAGUGGGAAGCACAGAGAAACUCCCCUUUUAGGAGGGGUCCCACUAUCGCUGUGUUCCCCAGGUAUCAUCUGCACAACACGGCUGGAGGAGGUGCUGCAGCUGGCAUGGACCUGCACAGCACCCUCGGUGCAGGUGGGCAGAUGGGUGGUGCAAAAGUACGUGGAGCGGCUGCUGACCAUUUUCGGCACCAAAUUCGACAUCCGGCAAUGGUUUGUUGUGACUGACUGGAAGCCACUGACUGUCUGGUUCUACCGAGAAUGCUACCUGCGCUUCUGCUCCUGGCCCUUCUCCCUGUGUCAUCUGGAGCGUGCCAGGCACCUCUGCAAUGUCUCCGUCCAGAAGUGGUACAAGACGUCACCAGACCAGGACCCCCGUGUGCCCACUGACAAGAUCUGGUCCAACAAGCAAUUCCAGGAAUACCUGGCACAGAUGGGGCAGGCAGAUGCUUGGCACCAGGUGCUGGUACCCGGCAUGAAGGCGGCGAUCCUGAACACUCUGCGCAGUGCCCGGGAUCGGGUGGGCUUCCGCAAGGGCAGCUUUGAGCUCUAUGGGGCCGACUUUCUGGUUGGGGAGGACUUCCAGCCCUGGCUGCUGGAGAUCAACUCUUGCCCCACCAUGAGCCCCUCCUCAGCAGUGACCCGACGGCUCUGUGCCAAUGUCCAGCGGGACACGCUGCGCCUAGUGCUCGACCGCAAGGAAAACCCCACCUGUUCCAUAGGAGCGUUUGAGCUCAUCUACAAGGAGGCACCUGUGCCCAAGCCUCUGUCAGCACGUGUGAGGCUGAUGGUCAAAGGCUGUUCCCUGAAGAAGCUCCAACCAGCAGAGGAGCAAGCCCAGGCCAAGGCCCUCCACCACCCUGUGUCCCCAGGGGCCAGAGCCACCCAAGUACCCAAGCAGGCACAGCAUCAAUUCCCCACCACUGUGCCUUGUGCCCCCAAGCUCCCCCAGGGAGCAGAACCAGGGGGCAGAACCGCCCAGGUACGCCAGAGCACACGGCGUCGAUCUUCCACCACUGUGCCCAGUGCUUUCAAGUUGUCUGUGGCCCCAGGGGGCAGAACGACCCAGGCGCCCCAGAGACCACGGCCUCGACCUCCCACCAUCACCGUGCCCAGUGCUUCCAAGUUGUCUGUGGCCCUGCGGAGCAGAACCACCCGGGUGACCCAGCCCAGAGCAGCAACAGGGAAGCUGCCUCCUCUGGAGCAAUGGAGCCACUGCUCUUCUCCCAGCUCUGACCCCCCAGCACCACCACAGCCUCAGGCCUCCUCUGCUGGGAGACAGGAGCUGCCAGGGCUCAGUCGCCCACUGGGGCAGUCCCAGAUCAAUGGCUGUCCCCUGAAUUGGGUGCCUGUACCACCACCCCGGGGAACUCCCAGCAACCCCUGGCUAUCCCAGGGUUGUGUGCGCUCCUUCCCUCCUGCCAAGCCCCUGUGACAACCUCUGUCUGCAUAGAGUAGCAGGACCCCAUUCCUGGAGCAGAAGCACACGGCAGCUCCCAUUGGGAUGCAGAAGACUUGGGACACUGAGACACCCCCAGGCGUGGACAGCACCCUGUCUGUCCUUGCUGGACCAACAUUGCAGUACCAG